CGGCUAAUACUAUAAAUUUUAUUUUGGCUUAAUGAACUUUGGUUCUUGCCAUCCUUCACAGAUGGCAGAAACGUGGUUGUUAAAACAUUUCCGUUUCUUGACAUACGUCGCAUUCACCGAACUACUCCCACCGAAUGCCGUGUACCUACCGAGAGCUAAGACGUUACACAUCAAAAAAACCUUUUGGAAUUCCAAACUUUGGGUUUGGACUCUGUUGAAGGAUGACAGACACCACGAUGUUCGCUUGUGUUCCGGAAGAGAAGUUGGGUACUCCUGCCUCCGCAGAAUUCGAAGCCGCAACCGCGCAACCGCGCGGCGAGUGUUUUCCCCAUCACUCGUCGACCUGUGUGCGGGGAGAGGGGGGGGGGGAGCCGGAGGAAGCCCCGCCCCUCCCGCACGCACGCGACGCGCCAGAGGACGACGUUAUAACGCAGCGGCCGCCGGCAGUUGUCGGUCAGUCACGCCUCGUGCAUUCCCGGGCGCGCUCGGCCAACAUCGGCGAGGGAGAGAGGGGAAAAGAAGUUGACGCGGUGUAGCGGGAGGGGCGGGAGGAGCGAAACAAAGGUGCCGCGCCCCGAAAGGUUACAAACGGUCGUCGUCGGAAAAGCUGGUUGCGCGCGUCGCUUCAUUCGCGAGUCGGCAUCCGAGGAGACCGGUCGUGUUAGUGUCUCGCUUGUGCGUCGAAGUCUCCAGAGCAUGAGGCGCGCGACGCUUGCGGUGUUGGCGGCGGUGUUAGCGGGGCUGUGCGAGGCGCAGUUCCCGCAGUACGGCAGCCAGGGCAACCCCAACAACCCGCAGUACGGCGGCCAGAACAACAACAACAACAACAACAACCAGCAGUACGGAGAGCAGUUCCGCGUCGUGUGCGAGUGGUCGCGCCUGGACUACGCCUGGCCGGACGACUCGCGCCUCGCCCAGGCGCUGCGCGACGACUACGUGCCGGAGAACAACCUGCUGUCCGGGGUGCGCGCCUGGCGCGACCUGCUGUUCCUGAGCGUGCCGCGCUGGAAGGGCGGGGUCCCGGCGACCCUGGCGACCCUGCCGGCGGCCUCCAGCGGCGGCCCGCGGCUCCAGCCCUUCCCGUCGUGGGGCAUGCAGCGCGUGGGCAACUGCUCGGCGCUGCAGAACGUGCGCGGGCUGGAGGUGGACACUGACGGCCGGCUGUGGGUCGCCGACUCGGGCCGCGUCGACGUGUUGGGAGGCGACGGCCAGCGGCUGUGCUCGCCCAAGCUCGUCAUCUUCGACGUGAGCAGCCUCUCCGGCGGCGGCUACGACGGGCGCCCCCCGCAGCAGCAGCAGCCGCAGGGCGCCUACAACUACGGCUACAGCAGCUACGACCGCCAGGGCCAGCAGAGCUCACAGCAGCAUCAGGGCAACUUCUCCGCCCGGGUGCUGCUGUCCUUCACGUUCCCCGAGGGCGUGGUGGCGCCGGACAGCGUGCUCAUGGACCUGGUGGUGGACGGCACGGGCGGAGGCUACGCCUACAUCAGCGACGCCAGCCCCUCGGACCCGGGCAUCAUCGUGUUCAGCCGCAACGAGAACCGCGCGUGGAAGGCGCGAGACCAGAGCAUGCGCGCCGACCCGCUGGUGCGCUCCGUGCAGAUGGCGGGGCAGUACCUGUCGCUGCGCUUCGGCAACGUGGACGGCCUGGCGCUUUCCCCGGCCACGCCCAACCCCCAGGAGGAGCGCACCUUGUACUUCUCGCCGCUGGCCAGCUACAACAUGUACGCCGUGGCGACGCCGGCGCUGAAGGAGGCGUCGGGACGCGGCGACGUGGCGCACGCCGUCAGGAACCUGGGGCGCAAGGCGUCCAUCUCGGACGGCAUGACCGCGGACAACCGCGGCAACCUCUACUACGGCCUGCUCACCGAGUUCGAGAUCGCGCGCUGGGACACGCGCGAGCCGUUCCCCGGAAACCAGCACAACAUCUCCAAGGACGUGAACCACCUCCAGUGGCCGGCCAGCUUCGGCUUCGACGACCGCGGCAGCCUGUACGUCGUCACCAACAAGUUCCACAACUUCCUCAUGAGCAAGGUGAGCACGGACGAGCCCAACUACCGCAUCAUCCGCGCCAGCUUCAACAACGCCAAGUCGUACCUGUACCCGGCGGAGUACGUGGGCGGGCGGACCGACUACAACAACCAGAACAACCCGGGCUACAACCGCAACGGCCAGACGCCGGGCUACAACAACCAGAACAACCCCAACUACAGCUCCAACAACCCCAACUACAAUCCCAACUACAACCAGAACAACCCCAACAACCCCAGCUACAACCCGAACAACCCCAGCUACAACAACCAGAACAACCCCAACUACAACAACCCAAGCUACGACCCGAACAACCCCAACUACAACCAGAACAACCCCAACUACAACCAGAACAACCCCAACGACCCGUACGGCCGCACGUCGACGAUGUGGCCCACCACGUACUACGACCAGGGCCACUCCUCGCAGCAGGGCGGAGGCGCCGCUACACUCUGCCUGGCCUGGGCGACCCUGCUGACCUGCGUCGCCGCGACUCUGCUGUCGGGGUCCUCCUAACUGCGGGGUCCGCCCCCU